ACUGCGCUCUCACCAUGUCCUGGUUUCUGCCCAGACAGUGCCAGUGUGAGCAGUGGGUGCACACCCAGGGCAAGGCCAGCCCCCUUGAGUGGGAAGAACCACUGCCACGAUGGCAGGGGGCAAGGGCCGGCCUAGGACAGGCUGUGCUGCGCCACAUGAGGCCUGUGCACUGCAGCCACCCUCACCUCCUAGAAGUUGUUCUACCUCAGCCUCUGGCCACCAGAAGAGGCACCAUCCUCAGACAGGGAGCUCUGCUGCUACAGUCAGUGGGGAGGAGGAAAUGGGUGAAGGCAGUGCUGCUGCAACUUGUUCAUAGCCUCUGCAGGAGGCCCUGUCUGUUCAAGGAUCAUUCACCAUCAAAUGGCUGUUCUGUCUCCUCAGAGAAGAUGGAAUGCUCCCAGUAUGCAAGAAUUGACAACAUGUUGCCAACCUGUUUGCCUCUGUUCUUUGCGGUGCAACUGGUUGGUUCCAUUGCAGCAAUAAACAGAUCAUGUCACCGGUGUGAAAUGCUGGUUGUCAGGAUACUGCUACAGAGCCCAGGUGCUGCAAGGGAGACGUGCGGCAGGAGGCACAUUGCCUCCCUUGGAACACAAGAUCACACAGUUAAUGACUACAAAAUAAGAGUUGUAAGAAGAUGUUGUGGACUAAUUUAGACUUAAGCGUGAGGCAAAAUUCUGCUCACAAAAUAAAACAUUGUUGAUUGA